UCCUUUAUUCUGCCUUUUCCGGUCGUGAAACGAAAUCAGGAGUCAACAUGAAGAUCCUGAACUCUAACCAGUGUGUCGUUAUUCCUGAUGGACUUACAGGGAAGGUACGAUCCCGUAAGGUGACUAUCACUGGACCAAGAGGGACCCUCGUAAGAGAAUUCCGCCAUCUGGCUGUGGAUAUCAGUAUGCCCAAGUCAAAUACAAUUCAAGUAGAGAAGUGGUUUGGCAAAAGGAAAGAGUUGGCUGCUGUGAGAACUGUAUGCAGUCAUAUUGAAAACAUGAUAAAAGGGGUAACAAAGGGCUAUUUGUACAAAAUGAGAUCAGUAUAUGCCCAUUUCCCCAUCAAUGUUGUCUUACUUGACAAUGGAACAGCUGUAGAAAUCAGAAACUUUCUUGGUGAAAAGUUCAACCGAAAAGUGAGCAUGUUGAGCGGUGUAACCAUCAAGGCCUCAUCCCAGAAAGAUGAAUUUUUACUGGAAGGCAAUGAUAUUGAAUUAGUUUCCCGAUCAGCUGCUUUGAUCCAGCAAUCUACAACUGUGAAGGACAAGGAUAUCAGAAAAUUCUUGGAUGGAAUCUAUGUGUCAGAGAAGACCACAGUACAGUAAAAAACUAUUAUUAAAAUCUUGUGAGGAACCAA